AUGAACUUGAAUCGUAAUUUACCAAAAACUUAUACAGUAAUGCGUCCUAUGAGAUAUUUGGUCACUUCGACCAUGAAUUCUUCCGAACCAAAUUUUUUAGGAAAUGAACAAAAGGAAGACGAAGACAAAGUUUAUAAUCGUAAUGAGCAAACCAUAUCAGGUACAACGAAUCAAAUUUCUCAUACAAAAACCGCUUAUGACAGAGAAACAAUCAAUCCAAAUCAAGAAAUACAUGAAUUCAAGAAAAUUAAUCAUCAAGAUUCGUUGGAGUGGAGUGCUGCAAAUGAAAAUAUUAGUGAUACAAAUAAAAAAAAAUCAUCUCAACCAGUUGGAUGA